UCCACAAAGUUAUGAAAAUAUGUGAUAUUGAAAGGAAAAGUGACAGAGUCAGAUGGACUUCUCCCCUGAGUUCUUCAUUUCCGAUCACUGUGUACUGCUAACAUCUUCAUUUCCGAUCACUGGGCUGCUCUUUAUCUCCUUCAUCCCAAUAACAAACCCAAAUAAAAAAGCUAAGUAUCAAUCUAUACUUUCCUAUUUUAGAAUCGGGUCUAACGAGUGGAGUUCGAUUACUUCGUAUUGUUGCAUUUGAGCUAGUUGGGACUGUGGUGUUGUCAAUAAUAGUAGUUAUUCAACAUCUUGACUUUAUUUUAGAGACAAGAAACAUUGAUAAAGAAAUUGAAAUAAUUAAAUAUUUAACUACAAAUUGACUAUACUUGCUAGGUUUUGUAGAUGAAUCUGCCAAUAGAUUGACCUUUUUAUAAUUUUCCUUCAUAUUCCUUUAAUUGGUGGGUUGAAUUUUAAUUGAAGUUAACACCACCACCUAAUUAAUCUCUGGAAUUAGUAGGAUAAUUAUAAAUUGGUUAUGACCUAAUCCAUUUCUGUGUAGCAGGUAACUCAACAGGAAGCAACUAGAUCUUGAUUUGGUAUCUCUUUACAACUCAAAGAGUUAAUUUUCUCAGCAGACUAAAAGUCAUCGGAGUUAAUACCACUGCUAGAGAGAAACAAAAUUAGAAGAUAUGAAUCAAAGAGACUGCACACAGAUGAGGCACUACUUGGAGGUCCUCUUCAAUAUCGAUGGAUGUACCCAUGGGAAAGGAAAAUUGGCAAGUGUAAACGGUCUGUGAAACAAAACAAUAGAAUCGAGGGAUCUAUAUGUGAGGCCUAUCUCGUUGCGAAAACCUCUCACUUUUGUUCUUAUUAUUUUGAGAAACACGUACCGUGUUUGAGAAAUAGGAAAAUUCGACACAAUGAAGGUAAGAAGGAUCCUUUGGCCCCACCAUUAUACAUAUUCAAUCAACCAGGUAAGGGUUCUAAAACUACCAUAAAAAGAUUCUUGACUGAUAUGGAGAGAAAGUCAGCCACAACACAUGUAUUAUUAUGAGUCAAUGAUCCAAAUAAUAACAUGACCAACCAAUUUUUGAAAGAUAUAGCUUGGGGGCCAAGCCCUUGGGUCAAAACGAUGAAUAAGUACAAUGUCAAUGGUUAUAAGUUCCACAUAGAAGAAAGCUCCAAGUAUUAUAAAAGCAAUAACAGUGGGGUUUGGGUUAAAAGAGACACUAGCAAUAAGGAUGGAGAUAUUGAUAUUAUGGUGUGCUCCAAGAAAUUUUAGAACUAGAUUUCCUGGUUGGCCAUACAAAAAGUUGAUACUUUUUCGAUGUAAGUGGUUGGCCAUACAAAAAGUUGAUACUUUUUCGAUGUAAGUGGUUUGACCCAACACCAAAAAUCGGUACAAGGGUAGACCCACAUUACAAAAUUGUUGAAGUUAAUCAUACAAGGCAGUAUGGAAGUUAUGAUCCUUUUAUCAUUGCGCAAAAUGUUACACAGGUCUAUUAUGCUCCUUAUCCGUUGCGUAGGGAUAAAUUGGAUUGGUGGGUAGUUAUUAAAACAAAGCCCGUGGGUCGUGUUGAAAUUGAGAAUGCUUUAGAUGUAGCGUACCAAAAUGAUAUUUCUAGUGUUCAAGAAAUAGUUGAUAUAGAAUUAGAAAAUGAACUGGAGCAUCCAGAUCACAUAUUUGAAGAAAUUGAUAUCGAGGAAGAAACUUCGAUGGAAAUUGAGGAGGAAGAACUAUCUCUUGAUGAUGGGUACUCUUCAUAUAACGAGUAUUCUUCUGAUGAGGAAGAUUCAGCGGGCAGUAUUGAAACAAGCGAAAGUGAAGAGGAAGAAUUACAUGCUGAAAAUGAAAUCAGCGAGGACGAUUAACAUAUGGCAUCAGGUAAUGAUAAUGAGCAACGACAGAGUAGUAGUUCUCGUAGAAAGAAUACUACUAAGAGUAAAGUAGAACAAAUCACGUCUAGAUCAAGUCCAUCUCAUUCUUUAGUUCCACCAUUGCAUCCACCAUCACAAGGUUUUAGCUCGAUGCCUCCCCCAAGCUUUAGCUCGAUGCCUUCCCAGGACCAUGGGAUGUCAUCUUCUAACCCUUUUAACAAUAUGCCAAGCCCAGAUAGUUCCUCAGUGCCUCCAUCUCUUAUACGUACACAUGGCACGAAUUCAUCUUAUCUUGCUGCCAUGGAUCGACGUCCACCUUCAGACACUACAUUGUCAAAGGCCAUUCAACCAGUUAGUCCACAACUUUCUAGGUCAAAUAUAGGAGCGAGCAAUUCUGAGAUGUGCAAUUCUGAAGCAUUUCCUAAUCCUUCUUCGACUCCAUCUUCUGUUCACGGUCCAGAUCUUCCACCACCUGGAGAGUUAGAUCAGCUACGGAGGGUGCGCAUUAUAGCUGAUGGGGAAGGGUUUUAUCCUUCCAGACCGGCUGCAAAUGCAAUUUCAGCAGGAAUCCAGAAACUUUAUGAUGGUUUUUAUCCGACUUGGAGUGAUGUUUCCGAUUGUACAAAACAAGGAGUCUUCAAUGAGUUUAUGGAACAGCCUUAGGCUUAGCCUUGCUGGCAGGUUUUGCCUCAACAGCAGGCUUCUUGUUCGAUGGUGCAGUAGCUGGUAUAGAAGCCGAUGAAAGUUUUUAGGAGCUCUUAAUUACUUUCUUCUGUUUUUUGAAAUUUGUGAAAGAUUUUUCUGUUUUUUCUCAAUGAAUUUGAUAAUAGUACUUACUUCUCUUGUCCGACCACACUGUUAACCUCACACACCUCCUAGCCAAUGUCGAGUAUUGUUUCUUUUGUCUUGGAUCUCUGCUGCCCACAUGCCCAUUUUCAUUGUCUAACUGCCCUGUAUUUCUUCAUCUUUACUUGAAGCGGCUUCUUCUCUUUGAAUUUGUUCUUUGAAAUCACCCUAGUACUUCUAUUUUCAAUGAUAAAUUGCUGCAAGCACCUGCACCUCCCUAGGUGGAACUUUCCACAGAUGUACUACUUGUGCCCUCCUUGACAAUAUGUAGGAAGUACCAAAAUUCACAUAACUGUAUACCCUAGGAAGUACCUGCACCUCCUAUGACUGUAUACCGUAGGAAGUACCAAAAUUCAAAUCUAUUGUGAAAAUAUUGUAUUAU